AUGCCCGCAGUAUCCGAACUGCUCAAUGCGAUGGCGCAACUGGGAAAUGUUGCGCCUCGCGAUCCUGCCAUUGACAUCGCCGCCAUGGCACAAGAAGCGCCCCUCACAGCGCCCAUGGUCAGGCGCCAGCAAAUGAUACAGCAGGGCAUAAUACCCACUUACUACAACCUCUCCGGCCCCGAGCCCGGCACCGUCGUCGGCAUCGUGCUGGGCAGCGUCGCCGGCUUCCUGCUCGUCGUCUGGCUGCUCUUCACGCUCACCCAGGGCAGCAAGGCUGGCACCACGACGGCAUUCGCGGGCGAGGAGGAGAUUGUGGUUCGCAGAUCGAGGCGCAAUUCGCACGGCAACCGAUCGCGCCGCAGCUCGCACGCCCAGAUGCGCGAAGUCAGCCGCAGCCCGAGGCAGUCGAGUGGCCGCUCACACAUUAUCGUGGAAGAGAGGAGAGCGCCGCCGCCGCCCAGGACACGCAGCAUCAUCGUCGAGGAGAGGCGGAGAGUGCCCAACGACGAUGUCGUCGAGGUCAUCGAGGAGCAUGACGAAUACAGGGAGAGGAGAGGCAGUAGAAGGGGAGGAUAUCGGUGA